AAUUUAGUAGAAAAACAAAGAAUCCAGUUUAUCCUUUUGGCCCUAUCCAAUUGAAAGCAGGAAGUGGAUAUGAUUUCUUAUCUUGUCAAUAACCCAUAUCCCAUUUCUCUCUUUCACUGCCACAUGUUCACUCAAACACACAAUAACAAUAACAAUGGAAGCUCUAUUCCUUACCAAACCAGUUUCUCAGUUCAAAACCAAGCUUUCUCCAAACCCCAAUUAUCCAUUUCUCUCCCACCACCACCAAUCUUUCUCCUUCCGCCAUAAAACCACCAAAUUCCCCACCGCACUUCAAAACCAGGAACACCAAACAACGCCCAAAGAAACGGAAGAUGAAUCCUACGGCGAAGUCAAACGAAUCAUCGGAAGCAAAGCCCUCGAAGACGCCACCGGAAUGGAGUAUCUCAUCGAAUGGCAAGACGGCCACGCGCCGUCUUGGGUUCCCGCCGACUUCAUAGCAAAAGACGUUCUCGCCGAAUACGAGACUCCCUGGUGGACCGCCGCACGAAAAGCCGACGAAACAGCCCUCAAAACAAUUCUCGAAGCCGAUGACAAUCGCGACGUCGACGCCGUAGACUCCGACGGGAGAACCGCUAUCCUCUUUGUUUCCGGACUCGGCUCAGAGCCAUGCGUCAAACUUUUAGCCGAAGCCGGCGCAAAUCUCGACCACCGUGACAACAGCGGCGGCUUAUCGGCGCUUCACAUGGCAGCCGGAUACGUGCGUCCCGGCGUAGCAAAACUACUCUUGGAACUCGGCGCGGAUCCCGAAAUCACCGACGAUCGCGGAAGAACGGCGUUAGAUCUUGCAAAGGAGUUAUUGAAAGCAACGCCGAAGGGGAAUCCGAUGCAAUUUGGGCGAAGAAUUGGGUUAGAAGGUGUGAUUAGGGUUUUGGAAGGGGCAGUGUUCGAGUACGGUGAGGUGCAGGAGAUUAUGGAAAACAGAGGGAAGGGUGAGAAUUUGGAGUAUUUGGUUAUGUGGAAAGAUGGUGGUGCUAAUGAGUGGAUUAAGGCGCGGUAUGUGGCGGAUGAUUUGGUGAAGGAUUAUGAGGCUGGUCUUGAGUAUGCGGUGGCGGAGACGGUGGUUGGUCGGAGAGUUGGGGAUGAUGGGAAAUUUGAGUGUUUGGUUAAAUGGGUUGAUUUGGAUGAGCCCACUUGGGAGCCUGAAGAGAAUGUGGAUCCUGAGCUUGUUAAGGUGUUUGAACUGAGUAAUAAUCAAGCCCAGCCCAGUACAGAUAAUGGGCUUUCCACGGUUGUUUCAAGUCAAGAUGGCCCAACUAUUGUUAGCGCAUGAUAUAUAAUUAUUUUUCUUUUAUUUCGAAGAUUGAAUCCAUUGCUGAGUUAGAUUAUUUGUAUCAACAUGUAUGAUUUUAAAACAUAGUCUUAGUGCAUUCUAUUGACCUAUACAAGUUACCUU